AUGUAUUCCUCAUCGGACUCUGAGGACGGCAAGAGAAAAAGACACAAGGAGAUUAAGUUGGGAUCGCAAGGCACUCCAGUAAAUUGGAAUGGAGAAGACUGGACCUUCUACAAGCACGCGAUGCUCAACGCAUUCGAGCAAAACCUACUCGAUGAGAUCGCAGCAGGAGGCGUUGUGGAGGACGCAUCCUGGAAUCAAGCCAAGAAGGACAAGUUCAAGAAAAGUCAAGCCGAGGUGAAGAUUCUUAUUCAAGGCUCGUUGUCGAUGAAGCUGGCCAAGCAGGUGAUGUCGAAGAAGACAGGAACCGAGAUGUGGCACGAGCUCUGCUCAAUUUUUGAAGGGAAGCAAAACUCAGCCAUGAUAGCGCAGAAAGUGUACCGCCUCCAAAGCGAGCUACACAGGACCCAUUUGCGUCCAAAUGGUGACGUGAGAAGUCAUUUGUACACUUUGUUCGACAUCAAAGACCAGCUCGAGGACUUGAAUUCUCCUGUAAAUGAUUUACAGAUGGUGGACAUGAUGCUGCGCAGUCUCCCGACGCAGAUGUGCUAUAAUGAACUCAGAAGAAAGGUAUUAUUUAGCUCAAAUAUGAGUAAAUAUACGCCUGAGAUAGUUCGCGAGAUGAUAUUCACCGCCGAGUCGCGCAGUAAAGACUGGGAAAGCUAUGCAUUCGGGAGCGCUCAAGGCAAGAAGAAGUCAAAUGGUCCAACUACUGGAACGAGAGGUGGCAUGAGGCAAACCUUGAGAGACGAUAAGACGAGAAAAAUCAAGAAUCAUGAUUUUGAGUGUCAUCAUUGUGGAGGUAAAGGCCAUUACAAGAGAAAUUGUCCACAAUUGAUGAAUGAAGAGAAGUCGCGUGGAAGAAAAAGUGCUCACGCAAAGUACGCCAACUCUGGUAGCAAGACGAAAAUGGAAGAGAAGGGCGAGCCUUUAUUGCAACGCAAGGUGCAAGCAGAUAAGCGUGACGUGGUGAUAGGAGAAGCUACUUAG